AUACUACGACGUUACAUCCUCAAGAUUUAUUGUCACUCUGUAGUUCACUCUCAAUGUAUCAGGCAUUGCACAUUAGUUUAAAGCUAGAAAAUAGAAUAAAAAGUACUAAAAUGACUACCUUCCCCCACUCCUGCCCCACCGUCACCCGGUUCUUGCGCCCGAGUUCGUGUCAUUCUCUUUCUUUGUGCGGGCAUUGCAACAUCGUAUUACGUAGGUAACUUAGUAAAUCCGUAAAAUCGUAUUCCUUUUCGUAUCGCACAAAUCAGAGAUAAUGGGAAAGCGUAAACGUAAGGAUAAAAAUCGACAUUUAAAAGAAAAGAUUAGGCGGUUAGAAGAUCGACUCAACCGUCAUUCAUCAUCAGAUUCGGCAACAGAUGAAGAAUACAAUGAUUAUGAUCGGUACUAUCCUGAAUCGUACGAUUACCCUCACAAUCCAGGGAGUGAAGACGAAGUGCCCCUAAUACCGUGGUCUGAUUCGGAACACUCAAUUCCCGAUACAACGCCCAAAUCGGUAGUCAUGCAACCGGCACCGAUAGCGGGCCCAGCUCUUAAUUCUGACGCACCCAGUAACGUCAACGAACCGGUAUCAGCUGAUCCGGACAUCAGCAAUAAGACUGAUACAUCACCAACGUUGCCGCCCGAUAUAUUAGAGGCCCUCGGAGAUCCGAAGGGAAAAGAGGAAAUAUAUGGGCCAAAAAUACCUGAUGAGAUCUCUAAACGUUGGGGCCGGGUACUCGUUGAUGGCCUAGAGAAAGAUGUAAAGCAUAAACUGCCUGAAAAGCACCUGAUACCAGAUAACUUUCGUUUGGCUAAAGCCCCUAUUUUAAAUCCUGAGAUUAUAUCGGUGCUUAACGAAUCAGUCAGAUACCGUGACAAAUUAUUAGAAAAAGAGCAAAACCAACUGGGCCUAGGCAUUUCUGAGCUCACAAAUCUAGCUUCAGCGGUAAUCAAAGAAAACUUAGAUAAAGUCGAAAUACUAAAGAAACUUUCUGAAGCUAGCCAGAUUUUCCUAGACCUUCAUCACGAUCAGACCACUAGGAGAAGAAAACUCAUAACCACAACUCUUGACAAAAAGUUUGUCAACAUAAUAUCGGACGUAAAAAGGGAUACCUACCUGUUUGGCGAAAACCUAGGGGAAAAAAUAAAAGCCACAAAAACAGCGGAAACAUCAGGGCUGCAAGUGAAGCGUAAAGAUGUCAACGCUGUCGCAUCUACGUCUAGGAAAUAUCCCAAUCAGGGAAACUGGAGGGGCCCACCCCGAACAUACUACCAAUAUCAUCAUCUUCAACGAACACCGAGACAGGGUGGGCCGAGACCGCGCUACCCCAACCAGCAAUACCGGUACCGUCCGCCAGUUCCCGAUCGUCAAGCCCAAUCGACGCGCAAGCCGCCCAACAAGACCCCAAAAGUCUAACUGAGGUAAAUGUACCCCAUGCGGGUAGAUUAAAAUAUUUCUACAAAGAAUGGUGUAAUAUUACCGACGAUCAGGUAGUCUUAAGCUAUGUGAAAGGACUAGUCAUACCUUUUAAUAGUCCAGUCAUGCAAAAUGUGUUUCCAGAAAAUAACAAUUUUAGUUUUCUAGAAAUUGAGCAAAUAAAUAGUGAGAUUAAAAAAUUAAAGGACUUAGGCGCGUUGAUAGAGUGUGAAGAUAUGCCUGGACAGUUUUUAUCUAGUAUCUUUCUUACUCCUAAACCAGAUGGGUCUAAUCGUUUCAUACUUAAUCUUAAAAACCUCAAUAAACACAUUGCACAUCAACAUUUUAAAAUGGAAGAUGUGCGAACGGUUACAAAGCUUAUGACAAAAAACUGUUUUAUGUCCACCAUAGACCUAAAAGACGCAUAUUUUUUGAUCCCGGUUAAUAAUAAGAGCAAAAAGUUUCUGAGGUUCAAAUUUCAGGGGAAUACCUUUGAAUUUCAGUGCUUGCCUUUCGGCCUUUCUUUGGCGCCAUAUAUAUUUACCAAAUUACUUAAACCGGUGAUGGCGGUUCUAAGAAGCAAAGGCUACAUACUAGCUAUUUACCUAGAUGAUAUAAUGUGCUUAGGUGGUACUUAUAAUGAAUGUCUUACUUGCGCUACGGAAACCGUUAAUAAAUUAAAAAAUCUAGGUUUCGUAAUAAACCACACUAAGAGUAAAUUAAUACCUAGUCAAGUUCAGACUUACCUCGGUUUUGAGUUGGACUCUGUUAAUAUGCGUCUAGGCUUACCAAAUAAGAAACGACAAAAAAUUUUAGAGUGCCUCAAAUAUACUCACAAUAAAAAUUCAAUCACUAUACGUGAUUUCGCCAAGCUUUUGGGUCAAUUAUGCUCAGCCUGUCCAGCGAUUGCUUACGGAUGGGUUUACACCAAACCCUUAGAGCGUGACAAAUUUCUUUCCUUACAAAAAUCGGGAGACAACUAUGAUAGCCUUAUUAGUAUCGGUGCUCACCUUAAUCCGGACUUUACAUGGUGGAAAAAUAAAAUUUUAACUUCAUAUAACCAAAUCCGAGACGGUAAAUUUAUUUUAGAAAUUUUUUCAGACGCAUCCUUGACAGGCUGGGGAGCAUAUUGUAACGGUGAAAGAACCGGAGGUUUUUGGAGCCCACAGGAGGUCAAAAGACACAUAAAUUUUCUCGAGCUACUUGCAGCUUUUAAUGGUUUAAAAUGCUUUGCUCGGGAUCUUAACAACGUAGAAAUAUUACUACGCAUUGACAAUACCACUGCCAUAUCAUACAUAAACAAAUUUGGCGGAGUACAGUAUAUUCACCUAAAUAAUAUCACACGUAAGAUAUGGCAGUGGUGCGAGUCACGCCAGUUAUACAUAUAUGCGUCAUACAUUAAAUCCAAAGACAACGUUGAGGCAGACGAAGAAUCUCGUCAUCGCAAUAUCGAUACGGAAUGGAGCUUAUCUCUAGUAGCAUUUCAAAAAAUUACUCGUUGCUUUGGAUUUCCUGAAAUUGACCUGUUUGCUUCCAGAUUAAAUAAUAAAUGCCUCAAGUAUAUUUCGUGGAAACGCGACCCUGAGGCAUUUGAUAUUGACGCAUUUACGCAAAACUGGGCUAACUUUUUCUUUUAUGCUUUUCCGCCUUUCUCACUUAUUCUCAAAAGUCUGAGGAAAAUCAUAAAUGAAAAAGCUACAGGUGUAAUGGUUGUUCCUGACUGGCCCAGUCAACCCUGGUACCCAAUCUUCAUGAAGCUCUCCAAACAUAAACCGAUAUAUUUCAGUCCCGAGCCUGAGUUGCUUCUUUCUCCUUUCAGGAAGAGACAUCCUCUCUGGAGUCGCCUUUCCCUGGUGGCAUCACUAUUAUCCGGGAAGCAUUUAGAAGACAAAAUCUAAAUC